GAGGGGAAGCAGCAUUCCCUCCCUCGUUGAAUUGGAUGACAGGACUGGGGUGGCCUCUCGUGCUACAGUGUUAGUGUUGAACGGUUCGUCCGUCUGAGAAAGGAUGUGAGAAGAGGAGGAGGCUUGCGGUUUCUGUAGCAAGCAUGCGGCUUUGUUAGAUUCUGUGGAUUUUAGACACCGGCUUUACAUGCAAUGUAUUUGUGCUAAAUGGAAUUCGUUUUUCCCUUUUUCGUUUUACCGGAUACAUUCUUAUAGCUUGGAAUCGAGUGUUUUCCUGUGCGGCUCCGUUCAUUGGUAAACUAGCGGUUGCAUCAGUCGACUGUCAAUCAAGUCGAGGCUCUCUGCACCUGGUAUUAAUUUAAAUUUGCCGGUGUAUUUUCGUGAACAUUGAGUUUUGGAGCAAUCCUUUUCUUUUAGCCUUUGGCAAUUUCAAUAACCGAGAGUUUAUUGUGCAGCCUAUUGACAAGGUAAGAUUGUAACCGUAACUCAGGCUACUGUACCCCUAGUUAUAUUAACAGCGGACUGUAUCCCCGGAAAAUUUCAACAUUGUAUCUUGACGGCGCAAGGAGGAACUCGCCUACAAGUACACGGUCCUCUUGAUUACUGUAUCAGUGAUUGCCAAAGCGUUGUUUGACUGCUGUCUUUUGGCGCGCGUUGGCUCCUCCAAGCAAGCCCUAUUGUCCAUCUGCUAUUGUUUACUACUGCGGAUAGAUCAAAACAUUAACAGAUCGAACAUGUCGCUCAGCAGAAGUAUUGAAUGGGAACACUUUGAGGAACGGGACAAAACGCACCGUUCAUCAAGGGCUAACGGCUCGGGAUCCCAGUCCGGCUCCAGAGGCAACGGUCUCGUGCCAAGCCCGGCGCACAGCGCGCACUGUAGCUUUUACCGAACGCGCACGCUCCAGUCGCUCACCUCCGAGAAGAAAGCCAAAAAAGUGCGGUUCUACCGAAAUGGGGACAAAUACUUCAAGGGUUUGGUGUAUGCCGUGUCCAACGACCGUUUUAGGUCAUUGGACGCCCUGCUUAUGGAGCUUACCCGGUCUCUCUCGGACAACGUCAACCUGCCUCAAGGUGUCCGGAGCAUCUACACCGUGGACGGCAGCAAGAAGAUUAGCAGCCUGGACGAGUUAGUGGAGGGUGAGAGCUACGUGUGUGCCUCCAACGAGCCAUACCGCCGAGUGGACUAUACCAAGAAUGUUAACCCUAACUGGUCAGUGGGCAUCAAGGCCGGCCAGUCCCGCUCCCUGUCCUCCCUCAGCACCCUGGUAAAGGGGGAGCUGCAGCGUAGUGAGGCCAGCCUGGGCACCAGAGACUUCAUCAAGCCCAAGCUGGUGACUGUCAUCCGCAGCGGGGUCAAGCCCAGGAAGGCUGUGAGGAUCCUGCUGAAUAAGAAGACGGCCCACUCCUUCGAACAGGUGCUGACCGACAUCACAGACGCCAUCAAGCUGGACUCCGGGGCGGUCAAACGGCUCUACACACUGGAGGGAAAACAGAUUACCUGCCUCCAGGACUUCUUCGGCGAGGACGACGUGUUCAUCGCGUGCGGCCCAGAGAAGUACCGCUACGCCCAGGAUGACUUCCUGUUGGAUCACAGUGGUAAGGCGUCUGAAUGCCGGGUGCUCAAGUCCUCAUACUCUGCUCGCUCGCCCACUCCAACAAGGGCUGCUGGGAGCAAGAGCCCUGGACUCUCACGCCGUAUCAAGUCCCCGGGCAUAGUAAGAAGACCAAUCCAUUACUCCAACAGUAGCCAGUCUCCUGUUAAAUCCCCAGUCAAUGGUGUCCCUAGCAGUACGAUCUCCACCCCCAAGUCCACCAAAUCCAAUAGCUCCUCCCCCACCAGCCCCCGCAGUAUACACAGCUUCAAGAUUCCGCCACAUCACACGUCUGCCACCAAUGUGAACGGGUCUUCACACAGUCUGGAGUUGGCCUACAACAUGAGUCCUGAGGUUAACGGCAACAGCUGUAGCUCGAUCACAACCGUCCUGGAUAAGUACAAGGUCGGCAAGGUCAUAGGAGACGGAAACUUUGCCGUGGUGAAAGACUGUGUAGAACGGUCCACUGGGAAAGAGUAUGCACUGAAGAUCAUUGACAAGGCCAAGUGCAGUGGAAAGGAGCACCUGAUAGAGAAUGAGGUGGCAGUGCUGAGGAGAGUCAAACACCCCAACAUUAUCCAGCUGAUAGACGAAGUGGACACACCCACUGAACUCUACCUGGUCAUGGAGCUGGUCAAGGGUGGCGACCUGUUUGAUGCCAUCACGUCCUCCACUAAGUACACAGAGAGAGAUGCCAGUGUCAUGGUGUUUAACCUGGCUGGAGCCCUGAAGUACCUACACAGCAUGAACAUAGUACACAGAGACAUCAAGCCUGAGAACCUGCUGGUGUGUGAGUACCUUGACGGCACUAAGUCUCUGAAGCUGGGGGACUUUGGUCUGGCCACUGUGGUUGAGGGGCCCCUGCACACCGUGUGUGGAACCCCCACCUACGUGGCCCCUGAGAUCAUCGCUGAGGCUGGUUAUGGUCUGAAGGUGGAUAUCUGGGCAACUGGGGUCAUCACUUACAUCCUGCUGUGUGGCUUUCCUCCCUUCCGCAGUGAGGACAACCUUCAAGAGGACCUGUUUGACCAGAUCCUGGUGGGACGACUGGACUUCCCUGCUCCCUACUGGGACAACGUCACGGACUCAGCCAAGGUAAACCACCACACACAGACACACCACCCCUGUCGCGUCAGCCCCCAUUACAUUUGGGUGGCAGCAAUGAGGGGGUGGGAGGGUCCCGUUGAGAUCUCCCGGAAUGAAGGAGGUAGGAGUGAAGAAAAAGAGGAAUGGUUUGGAAAGAGGAGAUGCACACACACACCAUCUCUUCUUCUGUUCACACAUCCCGCUCUCCUCUUUUAUGCUCUCUCUCUCUCUGCCUCUCUCUCUCUCUCUCUUUAUUGA